CGGGGGGGGGGUAGGAGAGGGCGGGCUGAGGCGGCGCCGCGCUGAGGCGCUGGGGCCGGGCCGUGAGGAGCGGGGCGGGCUCGGCAGCACCAUGGCGGAGCCUGAGGGGAGCGGCGAGGCUCGGAGGUACCGGGGCGGCUUCAACCCGGACACCUGGGAGCAGGAGCUGGAGGCCAUCCCCAUGUUCAUGAAGCGGUGCCCGGCCGAGAUCGACGCGGCGCGGCAGCCCGACCUGGCCUGCCUGCAGUCCCUGCUGUUCGACGAGGAGCAGGAGCCCGCAGAGUUGGCCAAGAUGUACAAAAACGAAGGCAACGAGUACUUCAGGGAGAAGGACUACGGCAGGGCCGUCGUGUCCUACAGCGAGGGGCUGAAGAAGAAGUGCGAGGACGCAGAGCUCAACGCCGUGCUGCACACCAACAGGGGGGCCGCGCACUUCCACCUGGGUAACUACCGUUCUGCCCUCAAUGAUGCGAUCCAAGCAAAAAAGCUGAAGCCCACCCACCUCAAAGCAAUCAUAAGAGGAGCUCUCUGUCACAUGGAGCUAAAGAAUUUCUCUGAAGCAAUAGCAUGGUGUGAGGAGGGCUUGCGAAUAGACUCAAAAGAGAAAAAGCUUGUGGAAAUGAGAGCUAAAGCUGACAAAUUAAAGCGAGCUGCGGAGCGGGACGCGAGGAAAGCAAAGGUGAUAGAGAAGAAAGAACAAGGUCAAAAGGAAACUUUGCUGGCAGCGAUAAAGGAAAGAAAUAUCAAGCUGGUUCUUGAACCCUCAAAUGAAGAAGAGGACAUAUCUGAUGGUCUGGCUGAGAUAUCUUUAGACGGGUUCCACUCUCACAAUGCCACAGGGGCCAAGGUGCACUUGGAUGCUGAUGGCAACCUGAACUGGCCUGUCCUCUUUCUGUAUCCCGAGCACGAGCAGACAGACUUCAUUGAGGCUUUCCACGAGAACUCCAGAUUUAUUGAUCAUUUAACAGUGAUGUUUGCUGAGUUGCCUCCUUGGGAUUUAGAAAGAAAAUACCUUCCCGGCAAUCUUGAGCUCUACUUUGAAGAUGAAGAAAGAGCAGAAAUGUACGAGCUGAACCCAGACCAGACGUUGCUACAAGCGCUGCAGCACCAAAGGUAUUUUGUGAAGGCUGGGACGCCGACAGUUCUGGCGUUUGUGAAGCGUUCUCCUUUCUCCAAGAAGUACUUCACUGGCAGGAAGGUGCAUCGGCUGCGACGCUGAGAGUGAAACAAGGAACCUGGUGCAAGAAACAGUCGGUUCUGUUCUGUCUCAGCCACAGAACGCAAACUUCUGCUUGCACAAAAACACCUCGGCACGCUUCAGGGGAGAAAUAAUCUUGGCACGUGGGGAAACUUCCAGCAAAGAAGCAUAGGAGGAGAACGAAGGGCUUACAAGAGGGGAUUAUUUGUUUAAAUAGAAAUCCAGCUGGCUUGCAGAAGGUCUCCUCUCUGACAGGCUGCGUGGGGUCCUGAAACAAACCUGAAGCGCUGCCAGACGUUGGCUGCAGCUGAAGCCACAGCAGCUGGGAACGAACUUACCUGUGAAAAAUCACGGAUUGCCCUGCGAGGUGGGCUGCAGGUGCCAGGGUUUAACAGCAGUGGUCCGGGGUGACAACCUGCCUGCUGCCACGAGCUGAGUGCGGGCAGGCUCCUGCACUGGACUGCUCUGGCUCUGAGGAUUCAGCAGCAGCUGAUCAGCUCUGCUGCCAGCCCCAGGAAAUCAGAGCUCUUUGUCUGCAGCGGUGCCUUGUACUGACUUUUGCUACCUAUAUGAAAGGGAAAUAAAGGUGUCUAUUUUAAGCA